GGGCGCCAUAAGUGAUAACAACUCUUCGUUGGAUCCAGAAGGUAACUUGAGGCUAAGCUUCGAAGUAUUAUUCAGCUCUCUUACCGAUGCAACGUAUCCGCCGAUGCGAUAUGUCAUGAAGUGGCUCUAAACUCAAGUUUAGGGAACCUUAGGCUUAGAAAAUGCAUUGAUCAUGAUAUUAUCAUCAUCUGAUUCUGGUAGGUCAAAUUUGUAAGUAUGAUGCUUAAUUAUUUCCCCUAUAGCGCCGCACCGCGAGCGAAAGCCGAGGUACACAGUAACCCUUUCUUAUACGUUCGGCGAAGCCAUUGCCUUAAGCCUAGGGCUGGAACUCGUCUGGCAGGAUUUGAGCUAAAACAGACUCUCCCCAGGUGCCUCCCCACGCUCAGUGGCAGGGAUUCUUUGCUCAAUUCCGCCGAGGAUCCAGUACGAAUUGCCCAAAUAGGAAGAUUCAACGGGACAGUUAUUCGAAAUACCUGGCCGACUAAUGACUGACAAAAGUCUAGAUAAUCGAGCUGCUGAGUUUUGUAAGCAAAUAGAGAAUUGAAUUUCUAAUUUAGAAUGAGGAUUAUAAAGAGUUACCGUUUCCCUUCUGGUCUAAGACUUCUCAUAACGCCCAUCAACACCAUCACCAACACUACGAAUACUUAAUCACAAUGGUUCGUCUCUCUAACCUUAGUCUCGUCCUUUCAACCGUGACCACCGCCCUCGCCCUAGGCAGCGGCUGGCCUACCUCAGGUACUGAGAGCGGCCAAGUGCGCGUCUACAGCUGGAACCAAGCACAAGAAGUCGGAUGCCUAACCAGCGACGGGAGGUGGACCGCCUCCGGUAACUGCGACAUAUUCACUGCUCAAGCUAUCGGAACCGUAUACAUCGAUCAACAAUGGACGCAACUCGAGAUCAAGAGUAGCGCUGGAAACAAGUGUUGGUUCACCGAUGAGGAUACGUUGAAGCUUGUGUGCGAUAGCUCGGUUGAUGGUACCCUCUGGGUACAUGCUUCGGAUUAUAAGUCCGAUAGUGAGUAGUUUGUGUUACCUUGUGGUGCUGAGUUUUUGAAGCUGAUGUGGUUCAUGUUUAGUCCUUGUUCAUAACCGAGCGCUUGAUAGUUAUGUCCCUCUCGAUGGAAAGACACCAUCCGGUGGUAACGCGGUUGCUUUGAAGAGUCAGGGGCAGACUCAAGAUGGGAAUAACUAUCAGCUCAUAUGGGCGAAGCAAUAGAUACCUAGGUACUACCUAGGUGAAUAUCGUAUUCAAACGAUAACAGGGAGGAUGUCCUGUGUGCGAAGUAAGGGAGAACCAACUCAAUCAAUUCUAAUUGGCAUAUGAAUAACUGAUAGAAGUCAAUUUCUGUCGGAUUUAUACAACUCAUAGACCAACGAGUGUCCCUUUAAUAUAUUGCCGUAUAAAAAUGGAUAUUAGGAGUAUCUGAUAGUUAGUUGUCGGCUAUUGAGAAAAUAUUGAACAAAGUGAGGGGUCUGAUCACGAGACCACACAACUCUGAAUGUGUACGGUUUAAUGAGAAUAGGGCAUUGUAUUGUGAAUUCUUUGACCGAUAUAAACGUUAACAUAUUAUUUAAGACGUUGAAUUAUGCUGCGGCAUCGCACACUGAUAGAAUUAAUUUAGUGUUG